AAUAAAAGGGUCAUUAAUUUUCAUUUGAUUUGAUUCCAAUCAGUCUUUCUUCAUUCUUCAACCAAUCCAAUUCCAUUUCCUCAACAAACUACUCUAUUCUCCGGCCACCGUCACCGACGGAGCGCCGUUAUCGCAUUCCUCAUAAUUCGGUGCUUGUGAAGCUUUUCGCAACCAACCAUGGAUAAAGUCUUCAACAAGCUCCGCAAUUUGGAUGCAUACCCAAAAGUCAAUGAAGAUUUUUAUAACCGCACUCUCGCCGGAGGUGUCGUCACCGUCGUCUCCGCCGCUGUCAUGCUUUUCCUCUUUAUUUCCGAGCUAAGAUUGUAUCUCUACACUGUUACAGAGAGUAAGCUUUUGGUGGAUACUUCGAGGGGAGAAACCUUAAACAUCAAUUUUGAUGUCACUUUUCCUGCUGUUCGAUGUUCAAUACUCAGUUUAGACACAAUGGAUAUUAGUGGCGAGCGGCAUCACGAUAUACUGCAUAAUAUAAUGAAACAAAGAAUUGAUGCUAAUGGUAAAGUGAUAGAAGCUAGAAAGGAAGGAAUUGGCGCACCAAAGAUUGAAAGGCCCUUACAGAAACAUGGUGGCAGGCUUGAACAUGAUGAAAAAUAUUGUGGUUCUUGUUUUGGUGCAGAAGAGUCAGACGACCACUGUUGUAAUAAUUGUGAAGAAGUUCGUGAGGCAUAUAGGAAGAAGGGAUGGGCACUGACAAAUAUAGAUUUGAUUGAUCAGUGUCAAAGAGAGGGUUUUGUGCAAAAGGUAAAGGAUGAAGAAGGUGAAGGAUGCAAUAUUCAUGGAUCUCUUGAAGUGAAUAAAGUGGCAGGAAAUUUUCAUUUUGCGACUGGCCAAAGCUUUCUUCAGUCAGCUAUCUUUCUGGCUGAUCUACUUGCUUUGCAGGAUAAUCAUUAUAAUAUAAGCCAUCAGAUCAACAAAUUAAGUUUUGGUCACCAUUACCCUGGAUUGGUUAAUCCUCUUGAUGGGAUAAAAUGGGUCCAAGGAAAUGAUCAUGGCAUGUACCAAUAUUUCAUAAAGGUGGUCCCUACAGUAUACACGGACAUUAGAGGUCGUGUUAUACAUUCAAAUCAGUAUUCCGUGACCGAGCAUUUCAAGAGUUCAGAAUUGGGUGCUGCAGUUCCGGGAGUUUUCUUCUUCUAUGACAUAUCUCCAAUAAAGGUCAACUUUAAAGAGGAACAUAUUCCAUUUUUACAUUUCUUGACCAAUAUUUGUGCAAUCAUUGGAGGUAUAUUCACAAUUGCGGGAAUAGUGGAUUCAUCAAUAUAUUAUGGUCAGAAAACAAUCAAGAAGAAGAUGGAGAUCGGAAAAUAUAGAUGAUGGGGUCAGGUCACACUAUCCUUCCUACAUCGGUGCUCUAAUGUCCGAGUUGAAUCUGCUCAUGACUUGUACUUGGUUGGUCAGUGCAUACGCGUUUCAUAUAACACCAUGAUUAAGCCGAGCUGUAGAUUCAGUUGAUUAAUGAAUUGUAUUUUUUGGAUCUUGAAGAUGUAGUGCUCUAGCCAUUUUCAUGUAUUUUGAAGAAUUUGAAGCUGUUAAGUUAAAAUCUAAAUAUUUUGAUUUCUUUCCUAUCUUGUUUAUUAAAUUUUCAAAGUUAACAGAGUGUAAGUUAUUAUUAAUUAAAUUUUCAAAGUUAAUAGUGUAAUGGUAGAGUUUUAUCAA